AUCACUUGUUUCCUGCUUCACUCUUUUCUUCUCCUUCAUGGCUUUACAAAGUACACCUAACCACACACAGACGGUAUCAGGGUGGGCGGCUCACGAUUCCUCCGGCAAAAUAGUCCCUUACAUCUUCAAACGAAGGGAAAAUGGCGUCAACGACGUGACUAUUAAAGUGAUGUACUGUGGGAUCUGCCACACUGACCUCCACCAUGUUAAGAACGACUGGGGUAUCACUAUGUAUCCUGUGGUUCCUGGACAUGAAAUCACUGGUGUGAUCACAGAGGUGGGCACCAACGUGAAGAACUUCAAAAUAGGGAACAGGGUGGGAGUUGGGUGCUUGGCAGCAUCCUGUUUGGAAUGUGAAUUCUGUAAGAACUUGCAGGAGAACUACUGUGAUCAGAUACAAUUCACGUACAACGGCAUUUUCUGGGAUGGUAGCAUUACUUAUGGUGGAUAUUCCAAUAUUCUAGUUGCUGAUCACAGGUACGUGGUCAAUGUGCCGGAUAACCUGCCAAUGGAUGGAGCAGCCCCACUAUUGUGUGCUGGGAUAACAGUUUUUAGCCCCAUGAAAGACUGCCGACUGCUGGAAUCACCGGGGAAAAAGGUGGGAAUAGUUGGCCUGGGGGGUCUUGGUCAUGUUGCUGUUAAAAUGGCAAAGGCAUUUGGUCAUCACGUGACCGUCAUCAGCACUUCUCCAUCGAAAGAAAUCGAGGCCAAACAGCGUUUGGGCGCCGAUUGCUUUAUUGUUAGCACUAACGAUGAACAAAUGCAGAGUGGUAAAAGGGCGCUAGAUGUUAUUUUGGACACAGUGUCCGCACACCACUCGCUUGGACCAAUCUUGGAACUGCUCAGAGUAAAUGGGACUUUAGCAGUUGUGGGGGCACCCGGCAGGCCGAUGGAGCUCCCUUCUUUUCCAUUAAUAUUCGGGAAGAGGGCGGUGAAGGGAAGCAUGACAGGCAGUAUGAAAGAGACACAAGAGAUGCUGGACGUGUGUGGGAAGCACAACAUCACGUGCGACGUAGAAGUUAUCAAGCCCGACCAAAUCAAUCAAGCUUUGGAUCGCCUUGCCAAGAAUGAUGUUAGAUACCGUUUCGUUAUCGAUAUUGCUGGAAACUUCAAGCUUUGAAGAUCAAAUCUGGAU